GACCGACCGUCUGGGGCUGCUCCCUCCUCGGGCGCGCGGCGCUGCUGCGCUCCGGCCGGGGUCCCCCGCGGCGGACAGGAGCUCCCCGAGAAAGCGAGGGGCAGGGAGAGCCAGAGGUGGGCCCCGAGGAGGAGGCUUGCACCGCGUCGCUGCAGGGAUGUUCUGGAAGCUUUGGCUCUCCGUGAUCCUGGCGGCCGCGCUGGCGAGGGCGGCCGAUGGCAGGAGGAACCGGCCGGCGGGCGCCAUCCCCUCGCCCUACAAGGACGGCGGUGGUGGUGGCGGCGGCGGCGGCGGCGGCAGCAGCAACAACCACUCGGAGCGCUGGCAGCACCAGGUCAAGGAGGUGCUGGCGUCCAGCCAGGAGGCGCUGGUGGUCACGGAGCGCAAGUACCAGAGCGACUGGUGCAAGACGCAGCCGCUGCGGCAGACGUUGGGCGAGGAGGGCUGCCGCAGCCGCACGGUCCUCAACCGCUUCUGCUACGGCCAGUGCAACUUCCUUUCUACAUCCCGCGGCCACGGUGCGCAAGAGGAGGCGUCCUUCCAGUCGUGCGCUUCUGCAAGCCGCAGCGCGUCGGCUUCGGUCCUCGUCGGAGCUCGACUGCCCCGGCCUGACCCGCCCUUCCGACUCAAAAAG